AUGUGGAUUACAUUCUACCCAUCAAUAUAUGAGAUCGUGGAUGAUCCUUCAUUGGAUGCAAUCAUCUCUUGGAGCAAAAGCAACCACAUUUUCAUCGUUUGGGAUCCGGAAGCGCUUCAGAGAGAGGUUCUGCCGAACUACACCAUGCAAUUUGGCAGAGAUUACUCACGGUUUCUGAGCCAGAUUAAGCAUUAUGGCUUUAAAAGGAUUCGAGGUUCUGCGCAAUGGGAAUUCGGGCACAAGUAUUUUGUGAGAGGUCAACCUGAGCUUUUAGACGACAUGUUGAUCGAUGUUGAGACCGAGAGGAUGGCCAAAUUCAGCGCUAAACUUAGAGCAAAGGAAGCUGCAGCUAAAGCCAAAGCCGAGGCCGAGCAUCGUUUGCAGCGUUUGCUUAUUAUUUGA